AUGAAGAAUGAGAAGAAGAUGAGACCGUACAUGGCGAUUCUGGAAGAGUGUACAAGAACCAAACAAUCAAUUACUAGUUCAAUGUUGAUUUCUGGUUCGAUUCUUAUCUCCCCCAAUCUACGUCUCCGUCAAUCUCCGUCGCCGUUGUUGUCGCGGCCAUUUUCUCUCUCUUCCUGUAGUAAGCAGUUCUCUGUCCACCAGUCAUCUCCGAUCUCACGCUCGAUCAAAGUCACCGCGAGAAGCGCUAUGGAGACGAAGGAGGAGACAGUUUCCGGCGGUGUUCCCAACAACACGAUGAAGCUAUUGUUCGUUGAGAUGGGUGUAGGUUAUGAUCAGCACGGGCAAGACGUGACAUCUGCGGCGAUGAAGGCUUGUAAGAAUGCAAUUUCUUCUAAUUCGAUUCCUGCUUUUAGGAGAGGUUCGAUUCCUGGAGUUUCAUUUGGAGAAAUGAAGUUGCAGAUUAAGCUUGGAGUGCCUCGUUCUCUUCAUCAGCAACUUGAUCUUGAGAAGGUUAAGUCUAUCUUCCCAUAUGGGAAGAUUGUUAAUGUGGAAGUGGUGGAUGGAGGACUGAUUUGCUCGAGCGGCGUUCUAGUUGAAGAAAUGGGUGAUAAAAACGAAGAUUGCUACAUAGUGAAUGUGGCCGUCUACAUUGGCUACUAGUCUCUUCUUUCUUGUGUGUUUGACCCCGAGCCAAGUCGAGACGAGAACAUUGCAGUCACUUUGAGUUGUAUAUUUCCAUGUCAGAACCAAUUUGGCUUUGCUUGUAAACUAGGCUUUGCAUCAAGAUCUCAAUUUCAGUUAUGGUUUAUGAGAAAAUGUAACACACUCUUGACUUUUCAAUGAAUAAUCGCGUUUGAUGCGUUCA